UGUCGCUCGUCCAUGAAAAGUCGCUAAAGACGCAGUUUGAUCGCAAUAGCCAAUUCGCCAGCCAAAGUGAUUGGAAAGCAUACAACACAUACAUCCCUGCCAGGAUGGACAAAUGGGCACCCAUAGCUCCCUCAAGACCACAAUUUCAAUCAGCAUCCCAUCUCUCGAAUCGCUUUGCUUCGGUCCUCAAGCCUUCAAAACAUGGUCCACGCUCAGGAGCACCUGCACAAUUCAUAGGUAGAUGGCCAGAAGAUGUCAUACUUAGGAUUAUCGAGCUAUUACCCAUUCCCGAUCUACCAAAUGCUGCGAGGGUCAACAGAGCAUUUGCCCACCUGGUUAAAGACGAGAGAGGUUGGGAAUGGAGAUGCACCCUCCUUGGCAUAGAGCACGAGUCCAUUGCCCCGUUCACGGCUAAUUUGAAGGAUAAUGAACUCAAGCCGCCAGUAUCAACUCAGAGGAAACCGUCCUUUCCAGCCCAGCAAGCUUCAGUUCUUGAAGAUGACUUUGGGGACUUCACAGGGCAGGACAAGGAUGUAUUUGAAGAUGUGGAUUUCGGGGAUUUUGAGACCGCUAAACCGACAGUACCUCAAGGCAAAUUUGGCACCAAUACACAGCAAUGGGGCACUUCGAAGGAGCAGAACCUUUUGGACUUUGAGGACUUACCCUUACCUUCACGACCGACGGGCAGCAGUAGCUCACAUGGUCGGACGACAGGUUUCUUCGCUCUUACUCCUACUAUGCCUUUACCUUCCGCCUCUUUUUCAUCCCAUUCGCCAGGUCCAUACUAUUUAGCCUAUAAAACACACCACCUCUCUCUUCUGCCUUUCUGCAAACACCUCCGAUCAUCCCCGUCACCCAGUUCAACACUUUCCCUACUCUUUCCUCCUUCACCCACCACUGCCUUGCCACCCUCACUUUCCCAUCAAUCAUCUGUUUUGCUUUCUCUCAUACGUUUUCUAUCACCGCAACUUCAGCCUUUACGUGACUGGGGUUUCCUUCGCCAAGCAUUACUAGCUGCGGCUGAUCGUUUUGAUUCGACCUGUCUUGUAGCAUUUGAAGUGUCUGACGGAAAGAAGGACGAAGAAGGCAUGAAGGAAGCUGCUGAAAGUAGUUGGAAAGUUUGGGAAGCUGGUGGUGGGGAUAGGGAAAAGUGGGAAUGUGGAAGAGUGUGGGUGGAGAAAAGAGAGGUGUUUUAUGAUACUUCCAGGUGGGAUUCCUUGGAAAACAUUAUUAAGGUACAGACACAGUCAGGAGCUACAAUUCGCCAGCUGGAUUUCACUCCCAUGGACGCAUUUAUGUCACACGUCCUGGAGGCUUUCAGGAUAGAUGCUGAGAUAGCCCAUUCCGUUUUUCCUUCCAAAGCAAAGGUGGUUUUAUCAUUUUGCGACAGACUAUCCAACGAAGUUAUCGGCGAAUACAUCCAUCCCCUUCUUUCCCAAGCACGUGCAGUUUCGCAAGACUUGUUCUUACGUGCUGCCGCGGCUACCUUCGUCCAAGCAUGGAAGCUCGUGGAUGUAGCCAUGGAGGUGCUAGGAGAUGAGCAAAAUGUAAUAAAGAAGGAGCAAGUUGAGGAUAGUGUUUUUCACAUGUUUGAAGAGCAUCUUGAUGACUAUUUAGAUGAUGAAACUGAACGUGUCAAGCAUCAUCUAGAGGAUAUCUGCCGAAUAUGGGAACAACAACUGGGCACGAGUGAUUCUGAACAACUUUCCAAGUCACACACCCCUACCUUCCUAAUCUCCGCCAACCCUGACCAAGUUAAGCGCAAUGUCCUUGCCUCAUUCAAGGAUGCUUUGCUUCUUCCUGUCACUAUUGUACCCCGUACUGUCACCUUCGGUGUCAACGCGAUCGUCAGCGGCGGAACUCAAGCUGUGAGCGGUCUGGCGAUGCUCAAUCCGCAAAAAUGGACCGGUAAAGGAGGAGUCGUCAAAGAGGUGAAAGACGGCGAGGAGGUAGUAUUCGAAGUGACAGAUGUGGAUGAGAAGACAGCAGAAGAUAUGACGAAUGACGAUAUUAUGGAAGGAGUGAGAGUGACAGAAAAUGUAGAGAACGUCAAAGAAGCUCUAGAGCCUAGUCAUGCGAGCAGUUCGAACGACUCCCAUGCGAGGUCAGCUGCUGGUUCGCUGGAAAGCUCUCAUCCAUCCACACCCAGUCCAAAAAACAACAAAUCAUUUGAUCGCCUUCAGCUUCUCGUUUCACUUGAUACCGCGUUAGAGUUAAUUCAGGUGGAUCGAGAUUCCUUGAAACGAGCAGAGACGUUUGUGAAGUAUCCCGGGAAGGUCGGAACGAAGGUGAGAGAGGCGAUUGAAGAGAUUUUUAUCUUCCUGUUAAAGGCGGUUGGAGACAGGCAUAUUGCCCCUGGAUUCAAAAUAGCUACAAAUCAGAUGAGCACCUACAAACCUGCUGAACACGAAGAAACAACUAGCGUUGCGCCCCUUUUACAGUUUUUCGAACUUGUCCACAUAGGUGAUACCAUUCAGUCUAUGGUUCAAGUCUACUUCGAUAAAGAGCUAUCGCCAUAUGUCGAUAAAACGGACUUUUUGAAUGCAGUUAUGAGGGAGAAAAAAAGGUUUGAGAGUGUCCUGGACGACGCCGUGGCUGCUGGACUUAAUGCUGGGAUUGAGGUGCUGAUGAAUCAGGUUGAACAUAUAAUACUGGUCAAGACUGGUCCUAGAGAGUAUUAUCCUGUGGAGGGUACGCCAAUGGAGCUAGGCCCUACACAAGGUUGUAAAGAGGCUAUCAUGUGUCUCGAAAUGCAUUGCAACUUGUUAAAGGGGAGUACAUCUAAGGAGGUAUUGGAAGUUUUCUAUCAGGAGGUGGGGAUCCGUUUGGAAGCUAUCAUCCAGCGUCAUAUUAAGCGACAAAUCAUCUCUCUCGAAGGUGGCUUCCAAGUCAUCGCGGAUUUGAAUGCCUAUUAUGACUUUGUCUCUUCGCUGAAGCAGCAGCGUAUCACAGAUGACUUUUCUGAUCUCAAAAUGCUUGGAAAUGUGUACAUCGUGUCUGAUGCAAAGGAUUUGGCGCAGAUCGUGAGGGAUGUAUCAAGAUAUGGGGGCGCUUUCACUCCUGAAGAUAUCUACGAGUUUAUUCAGAGAAGGUCUGACUGGAAGAAGAUUGAAAAGACUGUUGACAAGGCCAUGUAUGCCUUGUCUGUCAGAGAAGAUUGCGUUGUCAUGUAGGACGACAUGUUACAAGAUAUGCCCAUUAGAAUGAUAAACUGUCGAUUCCAUUUCAUAUUCGAUGGCACAAAAUUUCAACCUUAGCACCGGAGGAAGCACUCGGUCAUCGACCAGCAUACUCUAAAAUUUUACAGUGUCAUUAUCAAAUAGCUGUACGGAAGACCAGCCUCCGAACAGGGCAAAUGUCCUACGAAUUCUAUACGCAAAUUGAAGAAUACUGAAG